UGGAGCCUUGGACGAUGCAUGAAAAGGUGCCUUCAGGUCCAUAGUCGGGCAGAUUUUGCGAUCUGUAAAGUUGCAGCGGCGAAUAGCGAUGAAUUCUGUCGCGAAGUGAUACGAGUGACAUGACUGAUACGCUUGUGCAGACAUCGUUAGUCAGAAUAUAACAAUGCGGGAAUUGUGCACGUGGAUCGGACUGGUAUGUGAUGCUCGCGAGUUCGCAGCACAGAGAGAUGUGUGCACCUUGCACGGAUGUUCGCAAGAGAUUUCAUCAUUCGAGCUAGUACAGCGAGAGGUGCUUCUUUGCCCCUCGACGAAGUGUCGCUGAUCGGGCAACUUGUAUAUGAACUCUAAAACAAAGGAAAAGGAAGGGUCUGCGACGCGUUUCUCUCAUUAUCUCUUUGAAGGGAUGCAAUGAAUCUGAAAUUCCUCGUAUUAAUUUCACAUCGGAAUGCCCAUUCAGAAUUAUAUUAUCAAUCGACAGCUGCGAAUGAUAAUUUUAAGGAUUACAACAGUCCUUAAAAUUAAGGUGACUAUCAGUCACCUUCUUCCAACAUAAUUAGAUAUUUAAGUAUUGUGAGAACAAUACUUGAAUGAUUGAGCUCUUAUUCUCUAAUAACAAUAGAGAAGUGUGAAGAAAAUUUUUCUUUUUCAAGAAAGAAGAAAUGCCACUAAAAGAUAUUAAUGGAUUAUUAAAGCAGCAUUUCUGUAUCAAUUAAUGCUCGCAGAGUUUAUAUUUUUUUAGAUAAUUCUUUUGUAAACUUUAGUCAACAUGGAUAACAUUUGGAAAAGCAUAAGAUUUAAAUAUAUCUUUGCUUGUAUCUUGAUUACCUUCAUUAUGUCAUGUAUAAUCAGUAUAUCGCCCAUUAGUAUUGAUGAGUGCAAGUGCGAAACCAAUACUCAAUCAAGUCAACACCUCAAGCAAAUAACUAACGAAAUUAAUGGACAUAAGAAGAGAGCUGAGCAUCGAUUGGCCAUACUAGUGCCAUUUAGGGAUCGUUUUGAAGAACUGUUGAUAUUUGUACCACAUAUGCAAAAAUUUUUGGAUAAACAGAAUAUUGAUUAUCAUAUAUUUGUAUUAAAUCAGGUGGAUAGAUAUAGAUUCAAUCGAGCGUCUCUUAUAAAUGUAGGUUUUCUCGAAACAGAGAAAGCAUUUGAUUAUAUUGCGAUGCAUGAUGUAGAUUUGUUGCCUAUAAAUGAUCAGUUAUCAUACGCAUAUCCAAGUGCUGGACCUCAUCAUAUAUCAUCACCAGACUUGCAUCCACGAUAUCAUUAUUUUACCUUUAUUGGCGGCAUACUGCUUAUUAAAAGGGAGCAUUUCAUACAAGUCAAUGGGAUGUCUAACAAAUAUUGGGGAUGGGGUCUUGAAGAUGACGAAUUUUAUGUUAGACUGAAAGAGGCUGGCUUAAGUGUCAGUCGUCCGCAAAAUAUAUCAACGGGAACGCAUAAUACAUUUAGGCAUAUACACGAUAGAAAUCAUAGGAAGCGAGAUAUGAUGAAGUGUUAUAAUCAACGAGAAGUUACCAGAAAACGAGACCGACAAACUGGCUUGAACAAUGUCUCGUAUAAAAUAUUGGAUACAAUCAAGAUGACUAUAUCAGAUACUUCUUUAACAGUGAUUAACAUCUCCUUGCUCUGUGACAAAUCAAGUACGCCUUGGUGCGAAUGUGAGAAACUAGUCGGAUCAAAAGAAGGGAGGUCGAAAGAGAAAAAGAAGACUAAUAAUAAUAAUAGUAAACUUGCCACUGGGCUGUAAUUAUAUUCCUAGUAAUUUAAU